AUGGGUGAUUCUGUUGCGACAGAGCCUGCUCAAGCUGUGGAGCAUGUGAAAGCUCCAGCUCCGGCAAAGACCGCUGGUGAGCAAAAAUAUGUUGAUCCAAUAGACAAAUAUUCGGCCCUGAUAGUUAGAGGGACAAUCGUUGGUGUUGGAAUGGCUGGAAUCGCUCUUUUCUUGAGGAACUCUAGAAUUUUUGCUCGGUUUGAACAUGUCAAUCAAAUUCCGAAGGAUUUUAUUCGCAAAGAGCUCGAAUUGAAAGGACGCGUACGCGAGGUUUUGCCUUCCGGAGAGCUCCGUGUAGAACAUGAGCCAAUUAUCAAAUUGCCCUCGCUUUUCCGCAGAAAACUCACAGAUAAGAGCGGACUUUUAAAUAUCAGACUUGCUGGCAUUGAUAUGUCUAAAGCAGGGCAACAAUACAUCUCCAAGGACCUUCGAUUGACUAACAAGCCUGUUACUUUCACUGUUAUCAAGAGCAAUGAUGAAUCCCCAGACGCUGUCGACUGUGACGUGACUGUUAAGAAAAAUUUUGCCACACGAACAAACUUGAACCUUGAGUUGAUCCGUAAGGGUUAUGGAAGAGUUCCUGCUCCUGAUCACACCCGUCAUUUGAAGUCUCUCCAAUCCGUCCCAGCUUAUUCACGACUGGUGAAUAAGUUGUUGAUGAGUGAAAAAGUUGCUGAUCGACGAGGUGUUGGUGUUUGGGAGAGAGAUACAUGGGUUGAGUCUGUUCAGUCGUACCCUUCUCAAGUGGGGCAGAUGAUUCGAGCUACUCCAGCAGCGAAAGCUUUGGUUCUUUUGUUCAAUGUUACUCGUGAUGUUAUCCUCUACGGAGUAAAGCUCACACAACAAACGUAUGCGCUCGUCAUUGGAAUUUGCAGUUAUAUUGCGGGAGGCUAUCGCAAGUUUGCAGUUGGAGUGGAUCGCCUCACGGACAAGUAUAAUAAAAUUAGGCAAAGAAUCAAGCCAUAG